AUGGGUAGCAUCGAUCCAAAUUUUGAUCCGAUUCAAGAUGAUCUGGACCAGGUCAUCGCGGCUGCUACUCGGUACAAGGAGCGUGUAUCCGAGGCAGACAGCUACAAUGCCAGAUACAAUCUCAUGGAAAAGGCCGCUCGCCUCUAUCAAACCAUUCGCGGACCUGCAGAUAUGGUUUUCUCCAAGUUCGAAGAUGCAGCGAAUAUGGGAGCCAUCAGAGCCCUGCUUGAGGCGGGAAUCUUUCACGCCAUCCCUACUGGAGGGAAGAGCAUCUCAGCCAAGGAACUUUCUGCAAAGACCGGCGUGGAUAAGGAGGUAAUCGUACGACUUAUGCGCGCAGUUACCCCAAUGGGACCAUUCCGAGAGACCGGGGAGGAGGAAUACGCCCACACGUCAUUUUCAGAGAUCUACAUGGCACCUCAAAUGAUGGGGGCGGAUGAAUAUUUCACACCCAUGCUGAAGAACCAUGAAUUUCUGCGCCGCCAGAACUGGCAAAAUAACUUUCGUCUGCGGAACAACCCGUAUACGUUUGUACACAACUGCGAAGGGGAGACAAUGUUUGAGCACAUAUCCAAGUUCCCUGACCGAUUUACCACGUUCAAUGAAGCCAUGGUGGCCCAGGACUCGGGGCUCAUCGCGAUUGGCCUCUACCCCUUUGUAGAGGAAUUGAGCAGCUUAGCCAGUGAGGACACAGCCACCAUUGUUGAUGUGGGAGGCGGCCGAGGCCACAUCUUGCGUCAAAUCAAGGAAAGCGCUCCUGAGCUGCCGGGGAGGUUUAUACUCCAGGACCAGGCUAGCGUUAUCGCAGAUAAUGGAAUGGAAAGACAGCCGCUUGGAAUUGAGGCCAUGGCCCAUGAUUUCUUCCAGCCACAGCCAAUCAAAGGGGCCUUGGUCUACUAUAUUCGCCGCUGUCUACACGACUGGCCGGAUGAGCCAGAGUCAAGACAGAUUCUGGAGAACUUAGCCGCAGCAAUGGAUCCCGAGAGGUCUCGGGUCUUGAUCACGGAAUAUAUCCUGCCAGAAGUUGGCUCCAACAUGUUCCAUGCUUGGAUGGACCACACUAUGAUGACGUUUGCUGGACGUGAACGCACAGAGAAGGACUGGGAACGUCUACUUGAUAUGUCUGGGCUAAGGUUGGUCAAAGUGUGGAGAGCCCCCGGAAUACCGGUUGGUGUCGUUGAAGCUCGCUUGAAGUAA